AUUUUGUGUCUAUGAAUGUGUAGGGAUGAGGAUGCGUUGUUGAAUACACAGUGCCCAAAGAAUUUAGAACUUAGAUGGCAAUCGGAGGUCAGCUCCAGCAUUUAUGCAACUCCCUUAAUUGUUGAUAUCAAUAGUGAUGGGAAGCUUGACAUAGUGGUUCCCUCAUUUCUUCACUACCUUGAAGUUUUAGAAGGUUCUGAUGGCGAUAAAAUGCCAGGUUGGCCUGCUUUUCACCAGUCAACCGUGCAUUCUAGUCCUCUCUUGUAUGAUAUUGAUAAAGAUGGUGUGAGGGAAAUCGCUCUAGCUACCUAUAAUGGUGAAGUGUUUUUUUUUCAGGGCUUCAGGGUACUUGAUGACUGAUAAAUUAGAGGUACCACGUAUAAAAGUUCGUAAAGAUUGGUACGUGGGCUUGCAUCCUGAU